AGAGAGAGAGAGAGAGAGAGAGAGAGAGAAAGAGAGAGAAAAAGGGAGGGGGCCAGCAUUCAACUUACAAUCAUCUAAACUUAGUCUCGGUGAGAACUACUUCAUACAGUAGUAGCACUCUGGGUCAUGCUACUCAGUGACACAGUUUCAAGGUAAAGGAAGAACUUCUACCAGAAGUUAGGUCUGCUUGCCAGAACAGCAUACGCACCACACCAUGCCCAGAAAGUCAGUCACAAGUAAUAACAUUCAUGAUCCAUCCACCAAGGAUGAGUCUGGACUGUUGGUCUCGUGUGAGACCCCCAGCCAGGCUCCGGGGGACAAGGUGGAAUUGAAGAAGAAGGUGACCCUGCUGCGUGGGAUCUCGAUCAUCAUCGGGAUCAUCAUCGGAGCCGGGAUUUUCAUCUCGCCUAAGGGGAUCCUGAAGAACUCUGGGAGUGUGGGAAUGUCUCUGGUCAUCUGGGCCGCCUGUGGAGUCUUAUCACUCUUUGGGGCCCUGUCUUAUGCAGAACUUGGCACGUGCAUCAAGAAAUCUGGAGGUCACUAUACCUAUAUCCUUGAAGCUUUUGGUCCAAAAAUGGCAUUUAUUAGACUCUGGGUGGAUUUGAUCGCAAUAAGGCCUGCAGGGAUGGCAGUUAUAUCUUUGGCGUUCGGACGCUACAUCCUGGAGCCAAUUUUUAUGCCGUGCAACGUACCCGAAUUUGCCGUGAAACUUGCCACAUCCAUUGGAUUAACGGCAGUGAUGUACCUCAACAGCAUGAGCGUAACUUGGACGGCACGGAUACAAGUCUUACUGACCUUCACCAAACUCAUCCCCAUCGCCAUCAUCAUCAUUCCCGGGAUGAUUCAGCUCUUCAGAGGUGAAACCCAAAACUUUGAAAAUGCGUUUGAAGUCGAUGGCAUUCAAUUUUCGGGACUUCCAUUGGCCUUUUACUCGGGCAUGUAUGCUUAUUCCGGAUGGUUUUACCUGAAUUUUGUAACAGAGGAAGUAGAGCAUCCUGAAAAAACGUUACCUUUGGCCAUAUGCAUCUCAAUGACAGUUGUCACCUUCUGCUAUGUGCUGACAAAUGUGGCCUAUUACACUGUAAUGACGGCGCAGGAGCUGCUGGACUCGGAUGCCGUCGCUGUGACUUUUGCAGAGAAGCUAUAUGACAACUUCUCGAUGGUAGUUCCAGUUCUUGUUUCACUCUCUUGCCUCGGGUCCAUGAACGGUGGCCUGUUUGCCAUCUCAAGGAUGUUUUACGUGGCGUCCCGAGAGGGUCAGCUCCCCGAGAUCCUCUCCAUGAUCCAUGUCCGAAGGCACACUCCUAUCCCUGCCGUCAUCAUCCUGUAUCCACUGACGAUACUAAUACUGUUCUUAGGAGACAUUUACAGCCUGCUGAACUUCAUGAGCUUCAUGCGUUGGCUUUUCAUAGGAAUUGCAGUGCUGGGCCUGAUUUACCUCCGAUUUACUCGGCCUGACAUGGAGCGCCCCUUCAAGGUGCCUUUGUUUAUCCCAGCUGUGUUCUCCUUCACUUGUUUCUUCAUGGUUUUCUUCUCUCUCUACUCGGACCCGUUCAACACCGGGAUCGGAUUUAUUAUCAGCAUGACUGGGAUCCCAGCCUACUACAUCUUCAUUGCAUAUGACAAAAAGCCAAAGUGGAUACUGAAACUGUCAGAUUCAAUAAACAGGUCUCUCCAAAUCAUUAUGGAAGUUGUCCCUUCAGAAUACUGACGGAUGUUUCCAUACACAAUGAGGAAUGCUGCGAAACUGGGGCUUACAAUAUUAUGGUGCUUUGUUUGCUACACAGAUGAUGACUGAAAGCCAUGACUGUACUCUAAUUUGUUCAACUAUACAAAGCUGCUUUUUAUAGAGGUCUGUUUUUACAUAAGUGUGUCACAACUUCGCUCAAAUUUUAUGAAGAAGUUGAAUGUUUAACAUGUCAAAGUGUUUGUUUUUAAAAUCAAAUUUUGAGUUAUUUGUUUAGUUAUUUGUUAUUUCUAGAGUUUGCGUUAUUAAACAUUUCAGUCAGAUAUUACAGACACUAGCAAAAUUACAGAAAAUAUAC